AUGGCUCCCGAGAAUAAUAAAGUCAGCCCCGAUAGCAUCACAGCUACCAGGCCGACAGAUGUUGAACUAGCCCAAAUAUCCAGCCAUCCCAGCAAAACCGAAAACCCAUUUCUAGUAGCUUUUGCCGAGCCAUUCGAUGCUGACAAUCCCAAAGACUGGCGUACAGGCCGCAAAUGGGCCGUUACAGAUGUACUAUCCGCGACAGGAUUCAAUCGCAUAAUGGUAUCAACAAUCAUGGCCCCUGCAUUAGGAACUAUCGCGAAAGAAUUCAACAUGAGCUCGGCUGAAUCAGCAAUGGCAUUGUCUAUCUACCUAUUGGCUACUGCAUUCGGUCCUUUGAUUAUCGGCCCACUGUCAGAGGUAUAUGGUCGAGAGUAUAUUCUCCAUGCUUCUGGUGUUUGGUUUUUGAUCUGGAACAUGAUUUGCGGAUUUUCAAAUAACAAAGAGAUGCUGAUUGCUUCUCGAUUCCUGGCUGGUUUUGGUGCUAGUGCAAUUUAUGCAUUGGCUAAUGGGGUUUUGGGUGAUGUGUGGAGGCCAGAGCAGCGUGGACGCUCUCUUGGCGUCUACGUACUCAUUCCUCUGCUAGGAGCGGCAGUUGGUCCAAUUAUUGGGGGAUUCAUGGCAGAACGAACUACCUGGAGAUGGAUGUUUUGGUCAACUUCAAUCUUCCAAGCUGUCAUGAUGGCCGUAUCGUUUACGGCAUUCCAGGAGACUCAUGAACCUCUUAUCCUACACCGUCGCGCGGAGCGUAUCCGUCGCGAAACAGGUGACUCGAGAUACUAUACCAUACACGAACAUAUCAACGCAAAUCGAUCAACAGUUAGAGUUCUUGCUAAAGCGCUCAGUCGACCAGUCCAGCUUCUAGUCUUUCAUCCCGUUGUGCAGAUAUCCUCACUCAUCUCUGCAUUCUACUACGGGAUCUUGUUCAUUGUUCUCUCUACAUUCUCCGAUCUAUGGACGCAAGGGUAUCAUGAAUCUAUCGAGAUCAGUGGAUUGCACUAUAUCGCCGUUGCACUUGGACAAGUCGUCGGUAGUCAACUUUGCGGAAAGAUGAUGGACAAAGUAUAUCAGAGACUUAAGGCUCAUUCUAACGGAGAUCCUGCUCCAGAGCUUCGCAUGCCCUCUGUAUUCCCUGGGUGUCUCUUCGGGUCACUGGGUCUAUUCUUGUAUGGAUGGGCUGCUCAUUACCGCUUACAUUGGGCUGUUGUUGAUGUUGGAGUAUUCAUUACGAUGCUUGGGCUGCAGAUGACUGGAUUGCCGCUGCAAGCGUAUAUCAUGGAAGCGUAUCCGGAGCAUGCAAGCAGUACUGGUGCUGCUCAGCAGUUUAUGCGAAGUCUCACGGCUUUUCUAUUUCCUCUUUUCGCACCGAAGAUGUAUGAUACACUCGGCUAUGGUUGGGGAAAUAGUACCAUUUCGUUGAUUGGGAUAUUCCUUGGACUUCCGGCUCCGUUGAUUAUUUGGUAUUUCGGUGCAAAGUUGAGGGCAAAGUCAGGAACGUUGAACUAA